AUGUUCCCAACGUCUUUAUCCUUCCGAAUGCGUAAAAGGCCGAACCAAAAGGUGCUGACCUGUGGUUUAUUGUUGUUCAUCAUGAUGCUCUUCAUUGCAUGUGGUCUAAUAUCGGGCGCGCACUCAUCGUUUUCCAACAACAACAAGGAUGAUGGCGAUAUCAUACCCGAAAAGUUUUUCAAGCAUUUACAAGGACCACCCGAUGAGUUUAAGAAUUUUGUGUUGCCCUCUACAUCACGAGCAGCGAUUACAUCGGAUAGUUAUUUGAUGGAUAUUGAGUUUACGAGUAGUAGUAGUAGCGCUGAAGAAACCUCUACAAGAACAAAUACAAAACGGCUUACUUGGCGACAAUAUAUUCCUGUUGAUACUAUUGACAAUGUUACGCUAUCUAUUGUUAGUAAAUAUCCAAAAAAGAUGAAUCUUAAAGUAUUGAACAUUGAAGACCUCGUAGUGAAUGAAAAUACCAAUAGCGACACUGAAAAUGAGCAAAGAGCUGAAAGUAUUUUGCAAUCUCUUCAAAACAAGAAUUCGGUUUACAAUUCAUGGAUUGGAUUUGUGUCAGGUAAAAAUAGCAUCCCAACAAAGACCUUUGUAUUCAACAACAGAAAACAAGUGAAAGCUGGAGAUUGGCUUGUUGAAGUGUCCAUUGAACAUGCUGCUGUUGAGGAAAUUAGACAAACUGAUCCUGAUUUUGCUGACAAACUUUUGAAAGGAGAAGCACAAGCAUUCCUUUUGGCUUACUGCACCAGUCCUAUUUCUGUUCAUUCUCAGCUAAAUUCCUAUCGAUUAUCUGUUGGAGAGAAAAUUGGUUUCACCACACGUGUGAUCAAGAAAGAAGACGCCUUGUUGAGGGCAAAGAAUUUUGACAUGGUCCCCAGAGCCCUUCCAAAAGCCAUGUUCACAAAAAUUGAAGCAGAGAUGGAUGUUGAGGAUCCUGACGGUAAAGAGUUUGUCGUUCCAAUGCAAGACCAAGCUGAUUUGUUGCUUGCCAGAUCUGACUCACAAAUUGCCAACAUUGACGAGGUGGAUGGAGUGUUUUCUGCACAGAUUGAGGCAAAGGAACCUGGAUUCUUCUCCUUCCGUGUGGUAGUUAAGGGAAUUGUAGGUGAGACUCUUAUGAAGACCAAGUAUCAAAAUGUUACUUCAAGCAAGAUGGUUCGUUCUGUCAAUCGUAACAAUCAAAAUCAAUUAGCAUUCAUGAGAACCACUCAACAUACAGUCUAUGUCGUCGAUGAACGUAUGAAAUUGUUGACCAGUGGCACAAGAGCUUCGUUUGCUCAACUCGAUGAAAUGUUAACAAUUGACCUCCAAGCAAGUGUUGACCCAAAUUAUGUCGACAAGGUUUUCAAUAAGAAAUUUAAGGCUUACACUGAAGUGUGGGCUCAUAGCGAAGAUGAUGAGUCUAAACUUGUGCCUGUGUGUUGGGUGAUGGGAAUGACAGUUGCCAAGCCAUCCGAACAAGACAGCAAGGAUAUUGCCACUCUUCCGCUCCAAAUGUCCAUGACAUGGCUAUCAAAAGCCAAUGCCAAACUUCCAUUGGUGCUAAAGAAUACAUAUAUUAGAGACGUUGAAACAUCAGCUCUCAUUACACAAGUUUCAGAAAUUUUGCAAGUUGAAACUCAUCAACUCUUUGUUGAUCCAAUCAGCAAGGCUGUUAGAGCUAAAAGUACAGAUCAAACCAAGGUUCAUGCAUUUGCCAGAAACCUCAUUCAAACAAGCUUCAAAUUCAAUGGUGAAGUGACAGAAACAAUGACAAUGGGUAAGCGACCUGUUGAAUUUAUGAGAAAUGAGAAGAGAGCCACCUCUGCAUCUUCCCAUAAGGUUCUUUUAGUUCAUGGCUACUGCUCUUCUGGAGAAGUAUUCCCAUUGAAUCAUUUCCAAAAUGCUGUUGAAUUUUCUGAUCCUGACCAAAGCCGAUCUAAUGACAAAUUUGCUCAAUUGAUUUGGGAUUUGGGUAAAGAAUUUGAAUCGUUUGCUAUAGUGGCUCACAGUCAAGGAGGUCUGGCUGCUCUUCAUUUACUUACCUUCUAUUGGUCCAAUGCUGAUAAGGCUCCACCAGGCGUCAGAUUAAUUCAGAGCGUUGGAUCUCCUUAUCUUGGAACAUCACUAGCUGGUAGUGUUGCGGAGCUAGGAAAGAUUUUCAAAGUGGGAUGUGGCAAGAAUAUGGAUUUAACAGUUGAAGGUGCUGUCAAUUGGCUCAACAACAUUCCUCCAGCAGCUCAAGAAAAGGUUUACUUUUACACAACUCAAUACAAGGAUUGGUCAUGGUGCUCACUUGCAACUCAAAGCGUUCUGAACUGGCCUAAUGAUGGAACUACUGAGUAUGAACGUACGGCUUUACCAAAGGGCAACAACCAGGGACAUAAGAAGAAAUAUUGCCACACAACAGAUAUGAAUUACCCACCUCAAUGCAAAGAUCCUGAAAGAAAUGCCAUCCUUAACAAGUAUGCCAAUGGUUUCUAA